CUCUUUUAGAUUGGAAUGUGUGUGUGUGUGUGUUUGAUUCAUAUAUAUUCAUGAAAUCUCACAAGUUAAAUGGAAGGUGUGUGUGCAGAUGAGGGUUAUACAGAUGAAGGUGUGUUCAGGUGAAGGUAUGUAUAUGUGUACAUGCAGAUAGGGAUAAGUAUUGGCGUGUUUCUGGGUGAGCAUUACACAGGUUAAGGUAUGUACUACUGUGUGUGCAGAUGAAGCUGCAUGUAUGCGAAAUAUAUGUACAGAUGUGGGAGUGUGCCGGUGAGAGGUGUGCAAAUGGGCUAUGUAGAGGUGGGAUGUACAGGUGAAGAUAUGCAAUCAGGUGUAUGUACACAGGGUACAUUUCUCCAAAUCUUCAAAAGGAGAAGAGUAAAGCAACAUUGGUACUACCUUUUGCUCUAACAUGAGGGCCAAGUGAAUACUGAUCAGACUUUGGGCUCAGCAGGAGUCCUCAGUUUUCAUUAAAAAUGAGGAAGUUUUACCAAGACUAAUUUCCAGCCCUGCAGAGAGGUUGUGAAUACAUCUAGAGAUCCUGAGAGCCACACAAUAAUGUGAGGGGAGAUGCAUUAUGGGAGGCUUACUGUCAACCUUGAGAAUCCAGCAGCCCCCAGCCCCAGACUGACCAAAGCAGAGAUUCUGAAUCCCAAGAGUUACGGUUGGUGCCACACCAUACCAGACUGGUUCUUAACCUACUCUGCCCAGUGUCUUCAGUACGUUACAGUCUCUUAAUAAUGUGCUUCCCAUACACUUUGGACAGUGGCUUCAGGUUAGACUGUAGACCCUGGGUACCUGGCAGCAGAGCCAGAUACAGCAGCCUUCAGCCACCACCAACAUCCUGCCUGCAAGUGGCUUUCUGGGGGUGAUGCAUGCUACCUUAGAGGCGGCUGUGGAUGGAAAGGGAUGUAUCCCGUCCAUCCCAUCUCAGUCUCAGGGGUGCAUCAGCAGGGAGCAUCCACAUCAUUUUAGGAGUCCACAAAUAGAAACUGGACGUUUCUUAAGCUAAAAUUUAAGGCACUGAGGGAAAAGGCUUAAGUAGUAUUGUGUUUGGAAAUUUUCAGGAGAGCAUGGAGCUUCAACUCACCACUCAGAAUCCAUAGUCUAAGAAACAUCACUGGGCCAUCCAGACCUAUGGCCACCAGAGAGGAGUAGGCCGCAAGCAUAAGUGGUCAGGCUCAGAGUUUUGUGUUUCUCCAUGAAACGUGUGCCCCUCGGCUUCUACAGCAGAAAAUGAUGGGGAUCAAGUGUGAAGAAGUUGGAGUUGGAAGUGCAUAUCAGAGAGGCCCCCCCACAAGCUGAUGGCCUUCAUUAAGAGAUUACAAUAGUUUUCUAGUAAAAAAUCAGGACCAAGUAAAGCCAAUUCAGGUGUCGGUGGUGAAGCUGGGCUCUGUCUUCAGAGUCCCAUCUACCACGCUACCCAUUUUUCUCCCACCUCUGUUCUGUCCCCCAGCCAGCAUCAGGUAGUCUCCUUGGUUGCAGGGGCUGUGGCUUUAUGAGCUGUGGAACCUUCCUUUGUGAGGUGUUCCGUAUCUGCUUUGUACGUGGGAAGGUCCCACCACUGUUUAAUGAGUCGGCACUGAGCAAGAAGUAUCUGAUCUUUGCUGCUCAACAUGCUGAGAGAGAUGAACGUCUGUGGCAUGAACCGGAACCGGGUCCUCCCAGAAACCCAGGCCAACAAUAUGAAGAAGAUACUACCACGCCCUUUGUCCAGGGUGAAUGGCUGGUCACCACCCCUCCACUCCUUCCAGGCAAUAACCUGGACCACCUAUCUGGUCAUGUCCAUUGUCACCUUUGGGAUCUUCAUACCCUUUCUACAAACUCGCUGGAAAUAUGCUGCCUAUGUUGUGAUGGGUGUGUUGUCCGUGUUCCACCUCGUCGUGCACUUGAUUGCAACUACCAUCGAUCCCGCUGACACCAGUGUCCGACUCAAAAAGGACUACUCGGAGCCUGUGCCGACUUUCGACCGGUCCAAACACGCACAUGUGAUCCAGAACCAGUACUGCCACCUGUGUGAGGUUACUGUGAGCAAGAAAGCCAAACAUUGCAGCUCCUGCAACAAAUGUGUCUCUGGCUUUGACCACCACUGCAAAUGGCUGAACAACUGUGUGGGCAGCAGAAACUACUGGUUCUUCUUCUGCUCUGUGGCCUCAGCUGUAGUUGCCCUGCUUGGCGUGAUGGUUAUCUUGUUGUACAUCUUCAUCCAGUACUUUGUCAACCCCAAUGAGCUUCGCACAGACCCCCGGUAUAAAGAGGUCAGCUCUGAGAACAUAUGGCUGCUGUUCCUCCCACUGUGGCCUGUGCCUGUGAAGAUCCCCCUGGUCCUUUUCAUCGCAGUGGUGGUACUGCUGCUAGCCAUUGCCAGCUUUGUGCUGCUCGGGCACCUGCUCCUCUUCCACGUCUACCUGAUUGCCAAGAACCUGAGCACAUUUGACUACAUGGUGCAGGCCCGAUUCCAGAGGAAUUCACGUUCAGCAGAAAAGAAAGAGCCACCUCUGCGGAAAAAGGGGAACCUUUCCCAGGAAAAGAGUAACAACUUGAGCUGGUCUCAGGCCUCACCGAGAGUGGAGCCCCAGAAGUUCCUGCUGUCUACUCUUUCCCAGCAGUCAAGUAUGUGUUUUAAGGCUCCAGCUCCAAAAACAACUCCACAGUAAAGGGCUAGUGACAAGUAUGAGCCUCUCUCAGGAUGGCAGUGUCAGGCCAUCAGCCCGAGAUCAUGAGGAGACGCCUCUGCUCUGUGGUACAUGAUGCUGCUGAGCCGUGCUCCUCAGUAGAGUAUAUGUAUUAUGUGUAUUUUGGACUUAAGAUAUCUUCAAUUUAUGAUGAGUUCCUCAGAAUGCAAACCCCAUUGUCAUUCAAGAAUCAUCUAUAUAGAAGAAUGUUAGCAAUGAUAGAAGCUAGGUGUUAAGUACAUAUGAAUUUUCACUUUCAAAUUUUCUAGAUGUUUGAACAUUUUCACAAUAAAAUGUUGAGAUAUGAAUUGGUAAAAAUAAACAUGGCAAAAGUUCA